AUGUCAAACUCUCAAUCCUGGGUUUCUGUCUCCCCCAAGAGUCAUUUUUCGCUGGCCAACAUUCCUUUUGGCAUUAUCUCCACAAAGUCGGACCCGACUCAUCGCCCUGCCGUCGCAAUUGGAGACUAUGCUCUGGACCUCAAAGCCUUUGCAAAGGCCGGUGGCUUUCACGCCCUGCCCUCUAUUCAAGAGCAUGUUUCCGUCUUCUCCUCGCCCACGCUGAACGAGUUCGCCGCUCUGGGUCGACCAGUCCACCGCGAAGUGCGGACGUACCUUCAAUCCAUCCUCAGCGAGAACACACCACAUGUGGGCCUCCUCAAAGAUAACGCCGAGCUGCGUAAAGCAGCGCUCAUUCCUUUCUCCGAGAUUCAGAACCAUAUGCCCCUAGCCAUUGGCGACUACACCGACUUCUACGCCGGCAAGAACCACGCGUACAAUGUCGGCGUUCUUUUUCGCGGCCCAGCCGAGGCGCUGCAGCCUAACUACAUGCAUCUUCCCGUCGCGUACCACGGCCGCGCGAGCAGUGUUGUCAUCUCUGGCACGCCGAUCCGCAGACCCUGGGGACAGAUCCUCAAGGACCCCAAGGCGGUGCCAAAGGUCCCUGUCCUCGCGCCUUGCGAGAGGCUCGACAUUGAGCUGGAGAUGGGUAUGUUCCUGUGCCGCGAGAACAAGCUUGGAGAGCCCGUCGCGGUUGAUCAGGCCGAGGAGCACAUCUUCGGCUAUGUGCUCAUGAACGACUGGAGUGCCCGAGACAUUCAGGCUUGGGAGUACGUCCCUUUGGGCCCUUUUACGUCCAAGAACCUGGGCACGAGCAUCAGCCCGUGGGUCGUGCUAGCGGAUGCCCUUGAUGGGUGCAAGACGGCGGGCAUCGAAAAUAAGACAGAGCUUCAGCCCUACCUCCGCGAAAGCAAGAAGAACAAUGUCCUGGGCGUGGAAUUGGAAAUUGACAUCAUCACUGCCAGCGGAAACAAGACGACAAUAAGCCGUACCAACUCCAAGAACCUACUGUGGUCGUGGCCGCAGAUGAUUGCGCACCACACCAUCACCGGCUGCAAUUUGCGACCGGGCGACCUGCUUGGAUCCGGAACCAUAUCAGGCACCGAAUCCGGCACUGAGGGAAGCAUUCUCGAGCAGACGCAGGGAGGUAAGCAGACGGUCAAACUAAAUGGAGGUGAGGAGAGGAAGUUCCUCCAAGAUGGAGAUACCAUGAUCAUUCGUGGCUGGAGCGGUCAGGAGGGUGCACUGGUUGGGUUCGGUGAGGUUUCUGGCAAGAUUGAGGAAGCUCUGAAGCUUUUCUAG